UUUAAUAUCUUUCCAAGUCUAAACGGAGGCCAUGUUUCCCAGAGUUUGGUAGAAGACUAACAGAGAUGAUAUUCUGGGUACUCUUAUUCGAGGGUACCUGAAGUUUCACAGUCUUUUAGUGAACUAGGCUCCGACAGUCCGCGCAAAGCAUACUUUGGUGUCGGGCUCCUUUUGGACUUCAGGGAUCGCACCACAGAAUAAAGAUCACACUGUAUCCAUAAUCGUGGCGCUUUCUGCAGGAUCAUCGUUUUUACGACAUACGCGUUUGCUCUGGAGGACAUUGGUCGAAGAACACUGUUCAUCUGAUAUCCAAUACCCUCGUUAAAACAAAAUGACCACAACGACAAGUGCUGCUACGAAUGUCGCUACAAAUGCCGGUAAUAGCGGAGACAAUCAUAAUACAAGCCCUUCGAGUUCACCUUUACUAUUUUUUGUCGCCCUUGGAUUUGGUGUCGUAUUUACCAACCUAUGGAUAAUUGUUGGAGUCAAAUACUGCUUUCGAUAUAAUCAGCGAAACCGCCAAUUACGCAACGAAGAGACGGGCGAGCCUAUAGACUUGGUGACUAUGCCCCGAACACACAGAAGAAGGAGGGAGAAGAAAUUGAUGACCAUGGAUGAAGUUAAUGAGCGAUUUCCACUUAUUAAAUAUAAGGCGUGGAGAGCGUCACGUGAAAUCGACGGCCUUCCAGCAAAUGGCGGAAUACAGGCACCGAAUAGCAGGCCACAGAGCUUAAAAGGAAAUAAUGACUUUAUUGCCACUGUUGGAGUUUCGUCCAGCACGUCUCCACUAGAUGACCAGCAUCAGAUAAACGCACCUGCGUCGUAUUCGCCAACUUUUGUUCACCAUGCCGAAAUCCUGGUUACGCAAUCGGAAGAGAAGACUUCCGCGGAUUUAGGACUCUCUGCUGAUGCUCGGGAAGCAAGGCAGUCGCUCGAUAAAUCUGUACAGCAAGUUCACGCUUUAGAAGACGAUGGAAAUGGCGAUGGCCAUAUCAGCACCGCACUCCCUGCUGGAAUUUUGCCAAAUCCCGGCGAUUCGUGUGCAAUUUGCCUUGAUGCGAUUGAGGAUGAUGACGACAUACGUGGUCUUACAUGUGGCCAUGCAUUUCAUGCUUCUUGCGUUGAUCCUUGGCUGACAAGUCGGAGGGCAUGCUGCCCUCUUUGCAAAGCGGACUAUUAUACACCGAGAUCUCGUCCUGACGCUGUGGAGAUAUCAAAUGUGGAGCGCCCAAUGCGUCGUCCUACACCUCGGGCGCUAAGCCAGCCUCAUGCUGUUUUCGUUGGGGGCCGAGUGAAUCCAUUUCGGUCGGUUAUGGCUUCACCGGGACAGCUACUGCAGACAGCACUGCCUGAAAACAGAUCUAACUUGACACAACCAGCGGAGCAAAACCCAUGGCGCAUGCCAACAGGCCAAUCUGCACCUACCAGCACUUUGCCAGAUAGGCCAGACGAAUCCCAUAGAAAUCGGAAUCGGUGGUCGAGACUGCUUCCCUCCCAUCUACGAGGCUUUUCGUUUGCCUCGCUACGUGCGUCUGGUCGGCACAAUGACUACAGGGAGCAUGAGUACCCAACUGCAACUCAAAAUCGAACACUGCGCCAGCUCGAAGCUGGCCCUACCACUUGAGGUGCGCGCCGCUUUUUUUUUUAUCGGGAAUAUGAAGUUCUCUUGUAUAUACACUCAAUCAUCAGCAUCCGGUAUGCUGACUAUGACACAUUUUUGCUCGCGUUUCACCAGCGUGCAAGACACGCCCAUUGUUAUGUACAUUAUUUUACUCCGGGUGGAAUUGGUUAUUUUGGAGUAGGUUUCGGAGUUUAUUUGGGUUUUAUGUGGUGUUCGUGGGAAACAUGGUACUAUAUAAUGGUUCAUUGGUACUUGCUACAAACAUAUGGAUUAGUUUGUUAAUUCGACCGUCAUAUUCAAAAUUAAUAUUACACUCGUGAAAUUAAUGGCUU